CCCAAUAAUGAAUUAUUUCUCUACAUCAAAAUGAACAUAAGACGGUAUAUCUAAGGGCAAUUAAUUGAGAGUAUAUGAACACCCCCGCCCCAAAAAAAGAAAAAAAAAAAGAAAAAGAAAAAGACAAGUGAAUUUUGGACCAUUUAUAUACCGGCGGCCGUUGGCGGUGGCGCUCAGCCUGCAAGUACUGGCCAUUCAGUCUCCAGCAGGCAAUGGCUUUCUGCGGAAUAUCUCUUCCUUCUUCAAACCAACAUCACCCCCAUUUCCUCAUUGUUCAAAAUCUCAGCUCAGCUCCUUCAUCUCUACCAUCAAAAACACAACGACCACCGCUUUCUUCCUCCCCGUUGAACGCCACCACCAUCACCACCUCGUCGUCUUCUCUAUCUUCUUUUUAUUCUAAUGGGAAGUGUAGUGGAAGAUUGCCAGAUGGUGUGGAUAGAAGAAUUUUCAACCUCUCAGUUGUUGGGUUUCUGUUAUCAAUUGAUGAACCCUUAACAAGAUUCUUGUUUUUCUCGAAGGCGCUGGCCUCCCAAGUGUUGGAGCUCGACAGAUACACCGAUUCCAAAGAAGGGUUUACUUUCCUCGUACCAUCUUCCUGGAUUAAGGUGGAUAAAGCGGGGGCAACUGUUCUGUUCGAGGAUUCAAACAAGAAAGCAAAUAAUGUAGGUGUAGUUGUGAUUCCAACUCGGAUUUCUAGUCUUGGUGAAUUUGGGACUCCUCAGUUUGUGGCGGAUAAGCUUAUCCAGGCUGAAAGACGUAAGGAAAGUACAAAGGAAGCUGAGGUAAUUUCUGUGUCGGAGAGAUCCGGUCAUGCAGGGCUUCAAGUGUAUGAGUUUGAAUACAAGGUAGAUAGCACCAGGGGAGGGCUGAAAAGGGUCUUUUCUGCUGCAUUUGUGACAUCUAAGAAGCUCUACCUUUUGAAUAUCACUCACUCUGAUGGGUUAGAUAACCUUCUCGACAUGGAGAGGAGAAUGAUACUGGAACAAGUUUUGCAUUCGUUUGAUGCCGUUCCUUCAACCUAAAUGUGGAUCAUAUGUUCUUUCUUGGUGUCCUCCAUCUUGUACCACCAGCUUGAGCACAGAAACUCAGGCAGUGCAAGAUAGUUGCUCUCGACAAAUGGAAUCCCCGACACAGACAGCUACCUGUAAACACUCUCGUUUAACACCAGGGCCAUAGUACAUUCUUCCGAGUUUAUUUUCAAGUGAGUUCAUUCUUUCAUUUGGUACUGAUAUCAGCAUUGCACAUCAACAGAUGAAGUUUCAUGCAUAUGAAUAUGUGUAUUGAUUCAAGAAAACAAACACUUGCCAAAUUCUAAUAUCUGAAAGCACCUGGAGAUUCAGCUUAUGCUUCUCAGCAAUGAAAUAUUCAAGAUUGUAUUACAAUUUUCUUCUCAA